CACAUAAUCUCUCUCUUACUCCUUGUGUUCGUCCAUCUCCGUCCUUCGCCUCCGAGCUCUGCAGCUUGGAGCACUAGCCGCUUACACAACCCGUGCCCCGCAAAAUCCGUCCGUGCGUCUCAGCCGUCGACGGACAGCCGCACGUCAUGUCUCGGCCUUCGCCUACCUCUCGUUUACCCAGCUAUAGAGAGAGCCACCUCCGCCGCUUCCACCCGUACCCGCGCGUCCAGCGUCGCCAUGAUCAAUAUACGUAUCAACCAGCGACAGACGUCGUCCUUCCCGCGGUUGCGGCGCAAGGUUUGGGUGCGUCAUCGAGCAUCCGAACGACCGCUAGUGCUGCCUCGACGGAGGAAAGUGUUCUCGAGGUCCCGCCUGCUGUAACUCUCCGCCCGGAGGUACACGUCAACGGCAGCGCUGACGAGGACGUGUCGACGUUGAAUCUUUCUGUGGAUGCUGCGCCGGAUGUGCGUCGACGAGGGUGGAAGUCGUAUUUCCUCAGAAUCGUCUCAGUCUUAAAGAUUCUAGCAUGAUUGUUCAUCGGCCUAAACGUUCACAUUCAAUGCAUGCACAGUUGACAUUAAUUCCAUUUUGUCCCAAUGGUCAGGGCAUCUUGUCGUGGUCUCGACCGUGCAUGUCACCAGAUAAUCGCGGCAGGGAUACCACAUCGCAUGGGAAUGCGAAGAUUAUUUGUUAUGAAGCUAUGGUCUACGUCCUGC